UUCUAUUUGUGAAGAGGUGGAGACCAGUUAACAGAAGGGCAAUGGAAUAGAGUAACACAGGAGUAGAAUAACACAGCAUUACCCAACGACCCACCGUGAACAGCCUGACAGUACUUUCAUCCGUGUACCUCCCGCCCUCAGCCUUCCUGUACUUAUUUGUGAUGAGGUGGAGACCAGUUAACAGAAGGGCAAUGGAGUAGAGUAACACAGGAGAUAUACAUGUAUCAGCAAGACUGUACCUACGAGGCUGAGUGUAAUUACAUCGUUAGUGAAGGAAGGGAAGCCAUCGACAAGCCCCCCAUCCCACACAGUCCCUAACACACGAAGAACAGACAGUUACAUCUUCCUCAUUCACGCCCUCGGUAACAUCUCGCCUCCCUUGUGUCGACGCGGGAUGAUUUGGACGGCCACUCAAAUCAAGGACCAUGGCGGGGUGCGAUCUCGUGGGUUCAGAGUCCCAGCGGCGGCGGCGUGGGCGGCGGCGCUGGUGACGGCGGCGGUGCUGGCUGCGGCGGGCUACCUGUGGCUGGUCCGGGCGACGACGGAGUUCGCCAUUGUCAGCUUCGAUGAGGCGCUGAAGGAGCUGUGUGCGAGUCCCCGGCUGCCGCCCUUGGAGUACCGCGGUGUGCAUAGCUUCUUCGAGUACGUCCUGGCCCCUGACUCAGACUACUGCUACUCCUGGGUCGAGUUUGGCGGAGAAAAAAUCCCCAUUCCAUCGCAGAGUGAAAAGGAGUGUUCAGACGAGGUGCGCAAAACCAAGUACAUAUGCUUCAACGAGGAGUACCAGAUGACCAGCGACCCUUGCCUCGUCUACAGCUUCGGCAAGGACAUGGAUAACCAGUUCGAGAGGGACAUGGAUCUCUUCAGCUGCGAGGUGCACGCCUUUGAUCCUGACAGGGUGACAGAGGCAGAGCACGUCCAUCUGUCGGAGUUCUGGAGGGAGCACGCGUGGGCCAUCUCCGAGCUGCCCUACGACAAGCCUCAAGACGGUCGUGUGGAACGCCGCCGCUCCCUGCAGUACAUCGUGCCCGCCCUCGGCCACGCGGGGAGGGAGAUCAAGUACAUCAAGAGUGACCUGGAGGGGCGUGAGUGGAUCCUCCUGAAGCAGAUCCUAACGCACCUCAAGCUGGUGGAUGUUAAACAGAUUGGUGUCAGGCUGCAUAUCCCCACGACAGUGAACAAGAUGAGCGGGGAGACAAGACACCAGUACUUCGCCAAACUCUACCAGGUGUUCCAAGGGCUGCAGUGUGCCGGCUACAAGUACGUGCUGGGCCGCCCGAUACGCUACUACAAGGGUUCCCUCAGGAUACCAGAGGUGGCCAAUAGGACCUUCUUCCCUGCCUACGAAAUCAACUGGGCAAAAGUUCUCUAAAUGGACUACCUAUAAACUACUUCAUAUAAGGUUGCAAUGUGCUGUUUCCUGAAAAUUUUCGCAUAUGACGCAAAGGGAAGAGCAAACGUCUUAAAGUUUAACAUUUUUCAGUGUCUUUGAAGAGUUAUCAGCUAUUCAUCGCAGGUGCUGUGUUACUUAGGGACGAUUUCACAGUCAUUUUGCUUGUUUUGAUCGUUACCAAUGGCUGUUAUCGCUGCUAUAGUGUUUCCACGUAAAACUGGGCGAUGGGGUAGUGGCGGCUGCGGGGUUGGCCAAGCCCCGCACCUUGCCACACACUCUCAACACCUCUCCCUUCCUCUGCAGCCGCCACUACCCCAUAAGCCAGUUUCACGUCGCCAUUGGUAACGAUCAAAACAAACGAAAUGACUGUGAAAGCGGCCCUAAGUCCUAUUAAGGUAAAGAUAUUAGAAGGUUCAUCCCUAUUCACUAAAGCCUGGGAGUCUACACCUAGGAAACGAUAUCGACGCUGCCAUAAACUACACAGACUUCUCCAAAUACACAUAAAUGGUAAUGCUAUCAAUUAAAAAGACAUGCCUCUCGUCACUGUCAUUAUGGGCCCUACUGAGCCACGGUGGACACAGGCAUUGGAGGCAUUCAAGCUGUUCUCCACUUGUGAUAUUCGUGGAGCAGGUCAGGACUCAGGAGGUGGUCUUGUUUGCUUUGAUGAAAGGAAUAACAUGAAUUACUGUAUUCGACAACCAGACUGACGCUGUGAUGCAGAACCAGAGGCACUUUCGAAUGAUCAUGAUGUAUAUUGAACUUUAUUGAGUUUCUCUUCAACAGGCUCACAAAGUUUUCAUAACGCCUCGCCUUGCUUUAGAGGUCUGCAUAUGCGAUGUAGCCGACACAGGUUCCACUAACUAUAGACUAUCAUGCCAAAAUUCAUAUGUAUAGUAAAAACCUAGGAUCAUUAAAUUAGCGAACUGUGAUAAAUGACAUGAUCCGUAAUUUCGAACGAGAAGACAAAAAAAAAAGCCUUUCAU